AUGCAAACAAAUAGCUGUGGGAGUUCCAACGACAAGGCACCCUUGCCUUGUGCUUUCCAGGAGCCAAUGGCAGCACCCAGACACAUGCAAGAUGGAUCGUCAGCAGUAGCUGAGCAGCUGGAAACAAUUGAUUUGAGUGAGGAUCCCUCUGCCCCGAGGCCCAUUUCCAUAAGUGUUCAUUUAACAAAUGAGGAGAGGGCGGCCUUGAUAUCUUUGCUAAAGGAAUUUCGAGAUGUGUUCGCUUGGAGCUAUGAGGAAAUGCCUGGUCUGAACCCAAGCUUAGUAAGUCAUACUCUGAAUAUUGAGCUUGGUACAAAACCUGUCGUGCAGGCAAGAAGGAAUUUUCAUCCUGAAGUUGAGAAGCAAAUCAAGGUAGAAAUUGAAAAGUUGUUAGCUGCCGGAUUUAUUAAACCAAUCAAGCAUCCUACGUGGCUAGCAAAUAUUGUCCCUGUGAAGAAGAAAACCGGUGUGAUCAGAAUAUGCACGGAUUAUCGAGAUCUCAACCGAGCUUGCCCAAAGGAUGAGUUCCCGCUGCCAAACAUGGAUAUCUUAAUUGAUUCGACCUCGGGUCAAGGCUUGUUGUCAUUCAUGGAUGGGUUUAGUGGCUACAAUCAGAUCAAGAUGUCUCCCAAGGAUGCUGAAAAGACAGCCUUUCGAACACCGUAUGGGAAUUUUUAUUAUACGGUCAUGCCAUUCGGCCUCAAAAAUGCUGGCGCCACCUACCAAAGAGCUAUGACAGCGGUGUUUCACGACAUGAUGGGAAAAGAAGUGAAGAUUAUGUGGAUGACCUUGUGGUGA